GGAAACAAGAGGAAUUUUACUUUGUAACGUUCGUCGCUGAGGCAUUCGGCUUCCACCGUACGUCCGCUCGGUCUGCUCGGCUCCUCCAUCAACUUGUAAGUCUCAAAGUUCUCGUUCUCGUUCUGGUUUUGUUCGAAACCCUAUUUAUAGAUUUGAUCGUGAUCGCGAAACUCUACCCACUGAAUUUCGUCAUCCUUUUUCGAAUCUCGAAACCCUAAGUAAUGCAUCCGAAGAACCAACACCGUCUUCAGAUCUUCCUUCAUUCUCCAGACCUCCAAAUUCAAUCCAAAAUCGUAGACCUACCACAAACUUCGGCCAAAACCCUAGAGGACCUGAAGUUCUCUCUUCUCUCUGAAACGCUCGCUUCACGGGUUGCAUCAUCUCUCUACUUUACCCUCAAUGGGAAACCCCUUCUGGAUUCCACUACGAUUUCUCUAAUUCCCCCUUUGUCCACCUUAAUCUUAAGAACCAGGGUCCUUGGAGGUGGUGGCGAUGGCGGUGCAACAGGGGCCGAGUCGCGUGACUGCUACCUUAAUAUGUACGCAGAGAAGAAACCCGAUAAGGUCGAUCCUAACGAGCAGAGGCUGUCCAAGUGGUUGAAUUGCGCUCUUUCUAACGAGCCUUUGAGUGAACCUUGUGUGAUUGAUUGGCUUGGAAAUGUCUUCAAUAAGGAAUCACUUGUGCAGGCUUUGCUAGAGAAGAAGUUGCCAAAAGGAUUCGGGCAUAUCAAGGGUCUGAAGGAUAUGAUCAAGAUAAAUUUUUCGAUGAUUCCCGGUACAGAAUCGCGUGGGAAUGCAAUUUCAGAGCCACGGUUCCAAUGCCCAAUUACUGGUCUUGAGUUCAAUGGUAAGUACAAGUUUUUUGCUCUGAGAACUUGUGGACAUGUGUUGAGUGCAAAGGCCUUGAAGGAGGUCAAAUCUUCUUCCUGCCUUGUAUGUCAUACUGAGUUUACGGAAAGAGAUAAAUUUGUGAUCAAUGGGAGCGAGGAGGAGGUAGAAGAAAUGAGGGAGAGAAUGGAGGAAGAGAAGUCAAAGUCGAAAUCGAAGGAGAAGAAGACAAAGAAAGUGAGGAAUGGAGAAGUGGGUAUGAAUGGAGAUGUGACUAUGGAUUUGGCAACAUCUCGUUUGUCUGGUAAAAAGCAUGGUAUUGAACUUCAGACUUUGGAGAAGGUUUCUGCUAAGCCUGAAAGGCAUGAGCGGCUAGAUGGUGGAGCUCAGGUAAAGGUUGCAGCUAGUAAUGGUGCUGUAAAGCGUUUUAAAGCAGCAGACAUGGUCCCGGCCAAUGCUACCAAAGAAGUUUAUGCUUCAAUAUUCACCUCAUCUAGGAAGUCAGAUUUCAAGGAAACAUAUUCUUGUAGAUCUCUUCCACUCGGUCGAAACUAAUUGGUGAUAAGAACUGCUUAGAUGGGUUUGUGGCAAUUCUCCUAUUAUUGUUUGUAUUCAAACCUUCAUUUUCAGUGUCCUUAUGUGCUUAUUGAUUCAUGUCUCAUAGUUUCUAAUUAAUGUAAGAUGUUACUUCACACUUUACAGUCACCAACUGCUUUUAGUCUGUUGAGCUGUUUUACAUUUGUAGAUGAGUUAAUAUUUGAUGAAACUCUUUUGCUGAUCUCAA